UCUAUGUAGCUAGUAACAUUACACCGAAUAUCAAAAUUGAGGAAUAUGAUAGCACUGUACGUUGGACACCCUGUCUAGGUCAGACACCAUUCCAGUAAAAUUUCUGGCGGCAGCAAACAGCUGAUGAAAUCCACAACAAAACGCAUUUCUAAAAAGUACAAUUUAAGUGUGUUAAAUAUUGCCAUAUUUCGCCAUGGAGACGCUAAACGACGAUUGUGUGUGCCAUAUACUGGAGUACCUGCCACUGGUGGAACAAAUAAAGAUGUGCCGACUGUCGCCACGCUUCCGGGAGCUGCUCUGCCUGAUUGUGUGGAGGAAGCCACGGUAUCGGAAUGUCUCCGUGUCGGAUGCCAUGCUGAAGCCGUUGAGCAAAGCGGACUACGUCUACUUCUUUGAGCUGACCAGCUCCGCCAUGGAGGAGCUCUACAUAUGGAAUGUGCAUUCAAAGGCAUUCGAUUCGUACCUGGGACGCCACCUCAUGCGCCCCGAACUGAGCUUCUAUCUGCGCCGAGACUUUAGUAAUCUGAAAGAGCUUUGCAUUGCAGAUGAGAACAUGAACAACAGCAUGGUCAAUACCAUAGCCAAGAACUGUCGCCAGCUGCGCUGUCUGAGCGUGUCCAGCGCCUAUGUGACGGGCAAGCACAUGAUCGGCCUGACCAAGCUCGAGUCGCUGGUCGCCCGUGAAUGCUCCAUUGAGACGGAGUACUUAAGCGAGAUACUGGAUCAGCUGUCGCUGUCCCAUCUGGACCUCACCGCCAACAGACACCAAGUGGAGGAGACUAUCCUGCAGAGUGCGGGGGCCAAGCGGCUCCAGCGUCUGGGAAUAUCCGAUGCCCAGGACUAUGGCUUUCUACUGGCGGACAAGCUGCCGCAGCUAACCACGCUGGUGGUCAGCUACCACAAGGUGACGCCCCAAGAUCAGCUUGAUAUGUUGGAAACCACACGCCGACGGGUUGAGGAUUCUCCCGGCAAAUUUCCCAAACGACUGCAAUCGAUCCUGUGCAAUGUAGUGGAUGUGGAGGUUGCUCUCGAGCAGAUAGCGGGGCUCGAGAAGCGCCAUCCCAGAGAUACUCCGAAGUUUAGUGAGAUAUUGAAGAUUAUGUACUUCUUGUCCAAGCCAGUGGGGAGCGACAAGACGCCGCCUCCUUGAGAUUGUUACUGGUCUAGAUGUUUGCCCAUGCUAACAGAUAAAUUUCACCCAAACGAUGAGCCGCACUGACAGCAGUAGUAUAUGUAGGCUCCAUUAUUUAUGUUAUGUUAUGUUUUGCGGCAGCCUCUUUGUGCUUAGAGGAGGAACUCUGUCGGAUGAGGCUGUGAUAGUAUUUUAUUGACCUGUUAAACCUUUUCCUCAAUUGAUACGUGUGUAUUUAAGUAUAAUAUGUACUAUGUAAAUGUAUGUCGUGACUUUCAAUUAGGAUUAAGAUCGAGAUUUGAUAAACAUUUGUAGACAUACAUACCCAUAUAAGCAUUCGCUUCGCUUCUAUCUGUAUGCGGUAAUUUGCUUGUAAAUAAAUGUUGUUUGUUCUCUAAUCGUAAAUUUGU